AUGCCUUCCACCAUCAUGGCCAACUCAUGCCAGCUAGAACAUCAUGACACACUAUCGGGGAGGAAAGGCGAAUCCUUCCACCCACCCACUCUAGCAAUGCGUGGUCUACCGCGCAUGGCCAAGACUAUCAUGCGUGGUAAUAUUUAUCUCUUCCAAUCUCCUGCCAGUCAUGGUGGCCUUUGCAUUGCAGGGCAUCGACGUGCUUCGGCCUCAACACAGAUCGAUCCUGAUCACAUCCUGUCAUCUCAUUCAAAACGUGACGACUUACAAGACACGUUCUUGGACGCAGUCGAGGUGAAGAGACCUACCGUUGUCUUCAAGAAGAAGCUCUGGAAUUCCGCAUGA